AUGACUUGUUGCGAAGAGUUGUCAAAUGGAGGACUGGUGGAGAUACUGAGAAUAUCUGGGAAGAAACUAAGAUAUCUGGAUGUAUCCUGUACUAGUAUUACAGGGGUUGGGUUAAUGGAGGGAGUUGAGUCACUACCAAACCUUGAAACACUGAUCAUGGCUUAUUGCCAUGAGUUGUCAAAUGGAGUACUGGUGAAGAUACUGAGUAUAUCUGGGAAGAAACUAAGAUAUUUGGAUGUUUUCAGAACGAAUAUUACAGGGAUUGGAUUCAAAGAAGGAGUAAAAUCUCUCCCAAUGCUGGAGAAACUAGAUCUAUCAGAAUGUGAUGAGCUGACUGAAGAAGGACUCCUGGAGAUACUGAGCAUAGCAGGGAAUAGAUUGAAGACCGUAGAAGAUAAGCUUAAAAUGGAGAUAUUGUUGUCGGGAUUAGAGAGGAUGGUAGAGUAUGAUCUGAUAGUCUUGCUCAAGUAUUUAAGUAAGAAGGACAAGAUGUCACUAAGAGCAUCAAGUACAACCUUGCGAAGACGAAUUGAUGAAUUAGAGAACACAUUCAAGGUUUGGAGGAUUUGUGGAAAAGUUGAUUCUUCUAGACUGAGAAGAUUAUCAGACGAGAUAUGUAGUAUUCAAGAGUUGAAUAUUUUUCUUCUUAUUACACCUGGUUGUGGUCCAGUGUUCAACUACUUGGUGGAGAAACACGAGGAGCUGGAAUCUAUCAGUAUUUGGUUUGUUGAACAUGAGGAUAAAGAUGAAAAUAAGGAUCAGGAUGAAAUCGUUCUGACAUCACUCUCUCAUAACAAUUUAAAAUCUAUUAUUUUUUAUUGUAUGAAGAAUACAGGAGAUAUUACUGGUCGUCUUCCUAGUAUUCUUCCUUACCUAGAGAAGCUACAGUUGGCAGAUUGGCAUGAGCUGUCAGAUAAAGGACUGAUGAAGAUACUGAGAAGAUAUAGGAGUAAUCUGAGAGAAUUGCAUUUAGUUGGUUCUAACAUAACAGGGGUUGGUAUAAUGAGAGGAGUAAAAUCUUUGCCACACCUAGAGUUCCUGAACCUGGCUUCUUGUAAUUGGCUAAUUGAUCAUGGACUGGUUGAGAUGCUAACAAUAUCCAGGAGUAAACUUAGAGAUCUAGAUUUAUCUUCUAAUAGAAGUAUAACAGGGAUUGGUCUGAAGAAAGGAGUUAAAUCUCUUCCAAAUCUCGAGUCAUUGGACCUGAACUGUUGUAGUAACCUGACAGAUGGAGGACUGGUUGAGAUACUAAUUCUAUCGUGGACAAAACUCAGAUAUCUGGAUGUAUCUAAAACCAGUAUCACUGGGAUUGGGUUAAAAGAUGGAGUUAAGUCUCUUCCAAACCUAGAGACCCUAAUUCUGUAUAGGUGUAAAGAGUUGGUAGAUGGAGGACUGGUUGAGAUACUGAGAAUAUCUGGGAGUAAACUCAGACAUCUUAAUGUAUCUAGAACUAGUAUCAAAGGGAUCGGAUUAAUAGAAGGAGUCAAGUCUCUUCCCAACCUAGAGACACUGAACCUGUCUAGGUGCGAAAGUUUGGAAAAUAGAGGUCUGGUGGAGAUACUGAAAAUAUCUGGAACUAAUCUCAGACAUCUAAACAUAUCCAGCACUAAUUUAACAGGGAUUGGAUUAGAACAAGGAUUCUACUCUCUUGUUAACCUGGAGAUACUGUACCUGGAUGGUUGCAAAGAAUUGGUUGAUGUUGGGUUGGUGGAGAUACUGAGAAUAUGUGGGAGUAAACUAAGAUAUCUAAAUGUAUCCUGGACUUGUAUCACAGGGGUCGGAUUCAAGGACGGAGUAAAAUCUCUCCCAAUGUUGGAGAACCUAGAGCUGGCAUUCUGUGAUGAGUUGACUGAAGAAGGACUCCAGGAAAUACUGAGCUUAGCAGGGAAUAGAUUGAAGAUUGUGUGUGUGUAUGGAGAAAGAAUAUCUGCUGUUUGCAUAGAAACUCUCCGUAUUCAAUAUCCUUCUGUUCAAUUUGAGUG